UACUAUCUACAAAAAAGACCAAAUCACCUGAUACCUAAGACUCCCUUAAUGCCUGGACUUCAUAGAAAUGUUGCUGAGAGACUUCAUUCUUCCCUUCCUCCUCAUAGUUGUAGAAGUGGCUUCCUCUGAAAGAGUGUGUAGUUAUCAGGAGGUCUUAAACAACCUGAACUUGAGCAGAAGCAAUGAGCUGUUUUCCUUGACCCGACCUGUGAAAGAUUUCAGAAAACCCACAAAGGUGCAUCUGGAAGUAUUGCUGUACGCUAUCCUAGAUGUGAGAGAGAUUGACCAGACAUUUGUGCCAUAUGUUUGGAUAAUUAUGCACUGGCAGAACGACUUCAUUUCCUGGGAUUCCAGUAAAUUCUGUAACAUCACAAAGGUUACUAUUCCCACAGAUAUUCUGUGGAAGCCAGAUCUCACCAUUGAAGAAAUGACAGAAAGGGAUAAAGCCCCUCCAAGUCCUUACCUCACCAUCACCAGCAAUGGUACAGUCUUGGUCCAGAAUGAUCAGGUGCUGGUCAGCACAUGCAUGAUGCAGGUUUACAAAUUCCCAUUUGAUGUUCAGAGCUGCACUCUCUCAAUUAAAUCAGUUGUUCACUCUGUUGAAGAAAUUAACCUGUUGCAUUCCUUGAACUCCUCAGUGACUACCAAUUGGUCACGUGAGUUGAUGAGCACGCAAUAUGAGUGGUUGUUUGUUAACAUAACAGUUACCACCAAAACGGUUAAACCAUUUGGAUCCCAGCAAGACACAAUUAUUUACACUAUCUAUAUGAAAAGAAGAUCUAUACUCUACAUCGUCAACUUCCUGCUGCCUGUCCUUUUCUUCUUGUGCCUGGAUUUGUCCUCCUUCCUGAUCUCAGACAGAGGUGGUGAGAAGAUCAGCUUCAAGGUCACGGUGCUGCUGGCUGUCACCGUGAUGCAGCUCAUUCUUAAUGACAUUCUGCCGUCAUCGUCAGACAAGAUCCCACUGAUUGCGGUCUACUGCAUUGGGAUUUUUGCGCUGAUGUUCCUCAGCCUCCUGGAGACAAUUUUGAUGAUGUAUCUGAUGGACAUCGAGUCUGAAUCCCAGGAAAAUGAGAUGAACAAACGACACAGUUUGGAAGACGGUUGUAGAGACAGUCAAAAUAGAGACGCAAACAACCAAAGCUGCGAGAAAGAAGAGAAGAAUUGGCCUGGCUGUUCUUGUAUCUGUGGUGUGUCUGCAAACAAGAUGCCAACUGACCUGGGGCAGGGUUGCAGCAGGCGACUGACGCAGCAGCUGCAGGAGUUUGAAAACUUCUCAGAUGGACUGAAGGAGAUGACAAGGAUGCUGUCUCUGCUUGUGAACGACGCCAAGGAAGAAAGGAAGCCUGGCUUCUGGACCGGAAAGAUUAAAAUCAUAAACCGAGCUUAUUUUAUACUCUAUGUAACAGCUUCCAGCGUGUUCCUAGGCCUCAUGUUUUCCAUCUGGACUGAUGAUGAAUAACGUUUCUAUUUCAGGCUCAGAUACAUUUAGUUUUAGUUUAUGCUAAUUGAAAAGUAAACUUGUUUUGAUGUAGUUACUUAAAUGCCCAGUAGGUAUCAGUCGUACUGUUAAGGUUCCUCAGUUAGUAAUGACUUGGAGCUAUAACAUCUUCUGCUGUUAAAGCAACCAGGUUUCUUUAACACUUCAGCAGCAUUUUGGGCUGAACGAGGCCGUGAUUUACGAUUAUCUGAGAAAACCGAAUUUUGGGUUUUUACUGAAAGUAAGCCAAUGUCAAUAAAAUGAACAGGAAGAAACAUACAAUGUAUACAUACAUAAAUGUAUCUUGUGUGUUAUGAUUAUACGAGUUUCACUUUUUAAGCUUAAUU